CAUCGGCUUUCGAUGCCACCCGUUGAUAAAUUAAAUAGAAUGUAAAUCGGGACACGAAUCAGGAAAACGAUUAAUCACUGGCAACUUGUUUUCAGCGUCGAGCGUCGCAGUCAGCGGAUGGACACUUGUUUGCCUCUCAGUAGAGCGAUAUUAUGCCAUUUGUCACCCGCUGAGGUCUAGGACUUGGCAGACGCUGAAGCACGCCUACAGGCUCAUUGGGGCCAUUUGGGCGUCCAGUUUCGUCGUCAUGUCGCCAAUACUCUUCCUCAGCCAACUAAUUCCGACGAACAACGGUCACAAAAAGUGCAGGGAGAUCUGGCCGAGCGACGAUGUCGAAAAGGCCUACAACCUCCUGCUGGACUUUUUGCUGCUCGUCUUGCCACUCAUCGUCAUGGUCACGACCUACUUCCUAGUGGCAAAGACUCUCUGGCAGGUCUACGAAAACCAAACCGAUUCGAGAGACAGGCAAAUGUCGUGGAAAAACGGCAAAACCAGCCCCAACCUCUUGAGAAGAUCGAAUACGGAAAAAGCCCUAAAGAAGAAGAAAAGAGUAAUAAAAAUGCUAUUUGCAGUAGUCCUGGAAUUUUUCAUAUGCUGGACGCCUCUCUACGCGAUCAAUACAAUAGCAAUGUUCGCGCCGGCAGCCGUUUAUGAAAGACUGGGCUCCAAAGGGAUAUCGUAUCUUCAAUUGCUCGCCUACACAUCGAGCUGCUGUAACCCGAUCACUUACUGUUUCAUGAACUCAAGCUUCAGAAAGGCGUUUUUAAAGCUGUUUGGAUGUCUUCGGGAAGAAGGCACAGCCAGCUGACAGUCCAUCAGAUUCUCGAAUAAUAGUGUUAAGCAUGUCCAGCAGGAAUCACAAUUCACCCACAUUUAAGAUAAAUUCCGUAAUUAAUACACAUAAAAGAAAUCAGCAUUCAAAACAGAUUAAAACUAAGUCUCCAGCUUACAUUUGUCUCGAUAAUGUAGCUCAAAGAUGGUUUUGACAGUAAAAAUACAAAACAUAUCCUAAAUAGUUUAAUAGGGCAACGAACUAAAAUAAACCAAAACCAAGAUAUUGUAAAUAUGUAAAUAGAGCAAAUAAACUUUGUGUUUUAAAUUGUAUAUUCCAGAAACUCUGCUUGUUUUUUAAGCAUAGUUAUGAGCAAGAGAAUUUGCAGUUGCUUGGAAAGUGUUGAACUAUUUUUAAUAAGUUUCAUUCUUUGUAAAUAUUGUACACUUUUCUCAUGUAUUCUAAUUAUAAA